AAAACAAAACCAUCACCACCCCACUCCCUGCUGCCAACCAACCGCACCCAGCCACACCAAACCGGAGAACCUCAGGGCCAGCCAGGGAGAGGAGGACCAUGGCCGGCGUGAACUCCAGUGUCGUCGGGCUCAAGCCCGCCGCGGCGGUGCCGCAGUCCGCCGCCUCCUCGCUGGCAAAGAGGGCGCAGGUCGCACCGGCCAAGGAGCGCGAGGGCCGCCGCGCGGCGCUCCUCGGCCUGGCGGCCGUCUUCGCUGUCACGGCCACCUCCGGAUCGGCCAGGGCCGGAGUCAUCGAUGAGUACCUUGAGAAGAGCAAGGCCAACAAGGAGCUGAACGACAAGAAGAGGCUGGCCACCAGCGGCGCCAACUUUGCGCGCGCCUACACCGUCGAGUUCGGGAGCUGCCAGUUCCCCUACAACUUCACCGGGUGCCAGGACCUCGCCAAGCAGAAGAAAGUGCCAUUCAUCUCCGACGACCUCGAGAUUGAGUGCGAGGGUAAGGAGAAGUACAAGUGCGGCUCCAACGUCUUCUGGAAAUGGUGAAGCGGUUGACUGGAUGUAACGCCUGUACCUAGAUGCCCAAACUGCAGGAAAUAUUUGGCUGAAACUUGUCGUCAUUGUAUUUGUAUCAUCUCAUCUGGUCAUGAACAUGUUGGCGAGGGUGAAUUUGGUAGUA